CCUCGCCGAACUCGCCCGCCAUGACCAGUCGAUUGCGCAGUGGAUCAAGGCCGUCGAGGGGCUUGCUGGCGCAGCGGCCCUGUACGGCAUCUUCGGGAUGCUCUUGACCUGCUGCUUGGGGGGUGUCGCCUUCUUCGCGUUCCUGGCCAUCGUGCUGGACGUGUGCUUCAUCGGCGCCAUGAUCGCCAUCGCGAUCAUGACCAGACACGGGGCCCAGUCGUGCUCCGGGACCGUGAAUACCCCGCUAGGCACGGGCGCGAGCACCAGCAAGUCGGUCGGGGGGACGAGCUUCCACUAUGCGUGUGAGCUGCAGAAAGCGGCGUUUGCGGUGUCGAUUAUUGGGAUUUUCUUCUUCCUCAUCUCGAUCCUCCUCCAAGUCCUGUACGCCCGCUACCACAAGCGCGAGAAGCGUUUCGGCCCGUCCCCCGCAAACGGCUACACAUCCGGCACGACGCGGGGCUUUGCCUUCUGGCGCAGAAACAAGCGGAGUCCCGACUCUGGCACCGAAGACGACAUGCUGCCGACUCAUCCCACGCCCCACGAUAUGGAGUUGGGGACGACCAGCGUGGGUCCGGGUGGUCUUGCCGCCGAGAAGGAGGACGGGAUGAAUGGCGCCGGCAAUAAUGGUUACUUUUCCAGAAAGAAGAGGGAGAGUACGGCUGGGUUGAAUGUGAAUACGGCGACCCCGACGCCGAAUGCCGGGUAUGGAUAUGGGAACUCGGCCUAUACCGGGAAUUAUUAGAUGAUUUGCUUUCCAGAGAAGGGGGUGUAAGGCGGCCUCCUGGUGCGGAUGCAUGGAAGGAUGAAUGAUGAAUGAACUCGCACGGCCUAAAAGAUACCAUGGAUUUGAAAUGGGUUGAUUGAUUGAUUUUUGGAUGGAUAGGACUGGUUUCUUAUUUUGUUCCUUGGUGUAUCAUAUUAGGGUAUAUAUAUGUUUAAUGAUUACUUUGAUAUUUACUCG